UAAAUGGACGCGCAAAUCAACAUCAGUCAAAAUGGAAUCCUGGAAAAGUCUUUUCUUUGUUAUGAGUUUAGUAACACGUCUUGUCAGAAGUUUGUCUAUCCUUUGGAAACUCGAAUAUUACUCUACAUCCUUUUUAGUGUCUCUUCGAUUGUGACAAUCAUAGGAAACAUGUUGGUGAUCAUAACAGUCAUUCAUUUCAAGCAGCUUCACACACCAACUAACUACCUCAUCCUGUCGCUGGCCGUGGCCGAUCUGCUUGUAGGAGGAGUUGUGAUGCCACCCAGCAUGCUGCGCUCCAUCGAGACGUGCUGGUAUCUGGGAGAUUUGUUCUGUAAAUUACACAGCAGUCUUGAUGUGACUUUGUGCACUGCAUCAAUUUUAAACCUCUGUAUCAUUUCUUUAGACAGAUAUUAUGCCAUAUGUCACCCCUUUCAAUAUCACAGUAAAAUGACGUCACUGGCCACACUAGUUAUGAUUAUUAUAUGCUGGACUGUUUCAGCUGCCCUGGGGUUUGGCAUGAUCUUCAUGGAGCUGAAUAUUCUUGGCAUUGAAGAUUUUUACUAUGAGAACUUUGACUGUGAUGGAAGAUGCAUGGUGUUUCAGAGCAUAGAGGCAGCGACCAUAAUGUCAUUGACCUGUUUUUACGUUCCUGCAGUUGUCAUGCUCUGCAUAUAUAUGAAAAUCUUACAUGUGGCUAAAAGGCAGGUGCAGGCCAUUCAGAGCGUGAAUUCUGAAUCAAAAAAAGAGGGAAAAGCCACUAAGACUUUAGCCAUCAUCAUGGGGGUGUUUCUGACUUUCUGGAUUCCCUUUUUUCUAUGUAAUCUUAUCGACCCCUUCAUUGGGUACUCUGUGCCUCCACUGCUGUUUGACUUGUUCCUGUGGGUCGGCUACUAUAAUUCCACAUGUAAUCCUAUAGUGUAUGCCUUCUUUUAUAGCUGGUUCAGACAUGCAUUUAGAGUAAUUCUGUCUGGAAGAAUAUUUCACAGCAAUUCUUCAAGAACAAUCUUAUUAUAA